AUGAAUCCUGUAGCAGGCAAAAGACUAACAUAUAAGCGAAUGAGACCUAAUCCUCUAUUUGAAGAAUGUUUAGAGAAACUCCACGAAGAAGCUAGAUUAAAUAAUACAAACUAUUUGCCAAUUAUCAAAGAAGCCAUGUCAUCACUAUCUAAAUAUCCAUUACCUUUAAAAUCUGGAGCUGACUGUGCUAUACUUAAAGGUUUUAAUAAGUCACUAUGUGGUCUUCUAGACAAGUAUGUGUUAGAAGCAGUCUCUAAAAAUUGCCUUUCUCACAAUACUACUACUACAGAUGAGGUAAUAGAUUUAGAAAAUUACCCAAGUUCAGUUAGUAAAGAUUUUACUAGUAAAAGCACCCAUGAAAUAAUAGAUGUAGAGACUUGCAAUAAAUCAAUUAUUCAUCAUAAAGAUAACAUUGAUAAUAGUCCAAGAUCUUCCUGUUCUGAAAUACUACCUAAAAAAGGUAUCUAUAAACCUCAAUUCAAGUCUGGAGCUUUUGCUAUUCUUAUGGGUUUGUUAGAGCUCUAUAAGCAAAAUAUUGAAAACAAUGUAUCAAAAGAUGAAAUCAUACAUGUUGCUCAGAAGUAUUGUGAAGAAUCUUUUAAAGUUGCAAAAACAGUGAGGUACUCAGCUUGGUCCAGUAUGGCUCGUUUAGUUAAAAAAGGCUUUGUGAUAAAAAGUCGGGGUAAGAACAUACAAUAUGCAUUAACUGAAAAAGGUGUUUCAAUGGCUUAUAAUUUGUGGAAUGAAUAUGAAACUAAAUCUUCAACAAAUAAAUUUAUGUUCCAAAAACCAAAGGAAGAUGUAGAUAUUAGAAAUGUUUCAACAUCAGAUAAUUUUAUCAAUUUGGCAGAAAUGGAUCAUUUGGAAAAAAUAAAUACUAGUCCUGAAGAGGUUUUAACUAAUCAUCCAGUGAUUUAUUUACCUGCAAAUUGUUAUGAUAUUGUGUUACUAAUUGAUAAAAAUGAAAAGAAUGGAAAUGAAGAUUCAUUCCAUAACUAUCCUGAUUUAAAAUAUGAACUGAGAAGCCUAAAAGUUGGGGAUUUUACAUGGAUUGCAAGAAAUCGUGUUAGUAAUGAGGAACUUGUCUUGCCAUAUAUCAUUGAAAGAAAGAGGAUGGAUGAUUUAGGAGCAAGUAUUAAAGAUGGGAGAUUCCAUGAACAGAAAUUUAGAUUAAGAAAAUGUGGUUUAAAACAUGUUUUUUAUCUUGUGGAAUCAUAUGACAAAAAUAAACAUGUUGGCCUACCUCUACCUUCCCUUAUGCAAGCCCUUGCAAAUACAAGAAUCCAGGAUGGCUUUAAAAUUUACUAUACAGAUUCUUUGAUCAAAAGUCAUAGAUUUUUGGCUAUGAUGACCAAAAGGUUACAAGUUGAGUAUAUGAACAAAUCAUUAUGUGGCGCCAGUUGUGAUCCAAAAGAUGGAAUGCUAAUGACCUUCAACUACUUCAAUAAAUCAUCAGUGAAAACUAAAGUUUUAAGUGUUACUGAAAUGUUCAUCAAAAUGCUGCUUCAACUAAAAGGAAUGUCUGUUGAAAAGGCAUUAGCAAUAACUAGUAUUUACAAAACGCCUAAAUCUUUAUUAACUGCUUUUGAAAAUUGUGAUACAAAACAAGGAGCACUCCUUCUAGCUCCUUUAAAAUAUGGUGACUUAAACCGAAAUGUGGGUCCCACUGUCAGUAAGACAGUAUUUCAAUUAUUUACUUCCUAUUAA